UAAAUUGGAAUUCAUUUUCGUUUUCUCCAGCUUCCAGCGACAUUGUCGUCAUUGUUAAAAUGGCUAGUACUUUGAGGAACGUUCAUGGUAAGAGAUCUAAUUUCCAAUCUGAGUUUACUGGAAAUGGAGGAAGUAAGAGAAGAAAUCUUCAUGAUGAUACAGAUCAAAAUGUUAUUGGGUCAGAAGACACUGUGUACCGCUACUUGUGCCCGGUGAAAAAGACCGGGAGCAUUAUCGGGAAGGGUGGCGACAUCGCUAAGCAGAUAAGGUCUGAUACAAAAUCAAACAUGAGGAUAAACGAGGCUUUACCCGGUUGUGAAGAGCGUGUUGUUACCAUAUAUUCCACUAAUGAGGAGUUGAAUCAUUUUGGAGAUGAUGACCAAAUUGGUUGCGUUAUCGGGAAAGGAGGGCAAGUAAUCCAGAAUCUGCGUAACGACACCAAUGCUCAGAUCCGUGUCAUCAAAGAUCAUCUUCCUGCGUGUGCUUUGACUUUGAGUCAUGAUGAGCUUCUUCAGAUAAUUGGAGAACCUUUGGUUGUUAGAGAAGCUCUUUAUCAAGUAGCUUCACUGCUUCAUGAUAAUCCGUCACGAUUUCAACACUUACUUCUGUCUUCUUCAAGUUCCAUGCAUCAACCUGGUGCAAUGCUAAUGUCUGCAGCGCUAACGAACUCUCACAGAAACUACGCUAUCAGGCAAGAAACGGUGCUAAUUAGAGUCAAUACCUCAGAAACUGAUGAAGAUGAUUGCAUAAUUGUCAUAUCAUCAAAAGAGUUCUACGAAGAUCAAUCUCCAGCGGUUAAUGCAGCAAUACGCUUACAACAGCGAUGCAGUGAGAAAGUGGGUGGAGCGGUUAUAUCCGAGAUGAGGAGUGUAACAAGAGCAAAUAUCCGUAUUCUUCAGAAAGAAGAUGUACCAAAAAUUGCACGUGAAGAUGAAGAGAUGGUUCAGAUUACAGGAAAUCCUGAUGCUAUGAAAGCUCUUACGCAAGUAAUCUUGCGAUUAAGAGCAACUCUUUCGACAUGGAUCAUGGACUUGUCUUGCUACCAACAUCUUUUCCAUAUCUCCCUCAACUGACCGAAAGUUCGAGCAAAUCCAAAUACGCAAAACGUGAUGACCACAGUAAACUGGUAUGUACUGGUCCUCAAGAUUUGAAAAAAACUCAUAUAAUAUGCAUCAAUAAUCAAGAUAUUGCACUUAA